GUCUUAUGUCAAAAUAUUUGAUAAACAUUUACAGUGUUUACGAUUUUAAUUUUUAACAAAUUAAUCAAAAAUGGGUUUAUUUGGCAAAUCCCCUGAGAGCAAUCCAAAGGAAAUGGUAAAUGAAUGGUCUCAUAAACUACGUAAAGAGGGCUAUAACUUGGACAGACAAAUCAGAGCUAUCCAAAGGGAAGAGGAUAAAAUAAAAAGGUCACUGAAAGAGGCAGCCACAAAGAAUGACAAGCAAGUCUGUACCAUAUUAGCUAAAGAGAUCAUCAGGUCUAGGAAGGCAGUCAGUAAAAUUUACACAAGUAAAGCACAUCUGAAUUCGGUACAAAUGCAGAUGAAAAAUCAAUUAGCAACAUUAAGAGUGGCUGGGUCAUUGCAGAAGUCCACUGAGGUGAUGCAGGCGAUGCAAUCACUACUGCGUCUGCCGGAGAUAGCUCACACGAUGCAGGAACUCAGCAAGGAGAUGAUGAAGGCGGGUAUCAUCGAGGAGAUGGUGGAUGAGACCAUGUCAGGAAUGGAGGACGAGGACGAAAUGGAAGAGGCUGCGCAGAGCGAAGUUGACAAGGUUCUCUGGGAGCUGACCCAAGGGAAGCUGGGCGAAGCACCCGCCCCUCCGACGGCUGUCGGCGCCCCGUCUACAAGCAAGGAGCCUGUGGAAGCGGAGCCCGAUGAAACAGAACUAGACGAGAUGCAGUCCAGGUUGGAAUCGCUUCGGUCCUAGUUGCUGAUCCGCCACCGGCGGCUCGGCGGUUAGCUGUUUACGGAGAUUAUAUUCUGGUUAAAGAGAGAGAGAGAGUUAUACAAAUAAAUCGCCUUUAACAAUU